GAAGGAACAAGUUAGCUUGGUUUGAGAGUUCAGUACCGAACAAGACAUACAGUGCCGCACACAAAAUCCAACUUGGAAAUUCCAAUGGCUAGGGACAGUUGCCUCACUCGUAUCGCCGCCGGUGCCGCCAUAGGCGGUGCUGUCGGCGGCGCCGUCGGUGCCGUGUAUGGAACAUAUGAGGCAAUUAAGUAUAAGGUACCUGGAUUUUUGAAAAUCAGGCAUAUUGGACAAACUACGCUUGGAAGUGCUGCUAUUUUUGGUCUUUUCUUGGGUGCUGGAAGCUUGAUACAUUGUGGGAAAUCAUACUGAGCUCAUAAAGAUUUGUCUUCCUCCCUCCUUGCCGAGAUUUGCUCGCUGCCCUUUUAAUGUAUGAGUAGAGCAGGGAUUUACUUAUUUGGUUUUCUGGAUCUUGGAAAAGGUUUAAUGACAGUGGCACUGCUCCUUUGUUAAGAAAUUUCUCAUUUAUUUUCUCCCUGGACUGCACUAUGAAAUUAGUUUGCAAGGGUUUUCCUUUUACUUUAAUUCAUCAUUUUGCGAGUUGCUCUUGCAAUAAAAUGAGUGCGCGUGUUUUGUUGUUA